UCACGCGCGCACUCUCACAGUGGCAGUAGCAACCAGCUGAAAACACACACGCAGGACUUGGCUCGCGCAUCCGGACAGGUGUCCCAGAUAGAGAACUGAAAAUCAAAAUCUCUAUCAAUAUGCAGGAAUUCCCUCCCAAAUUCAGCAAGGUCCUGGUGACACCAGACCCACAGUAUAUCCCUGGCUAUGCCGGUUACUGUCCGCAGCUGAAGUUUAACCUGGGGAAGACCUACGGGCAGCUGACGGCGGAGCUGCUGACCUCUCCGGAUGUGCUGCGCUCCCAGCGGCUGGUGCUAAACUCUGGUCGCCUGCCCCGUGCCGAGGCGGGGCUGGGGCCCCACGGAGAGAUCAGGAGCAGCUGGCCAGGAGGACGCAGACACAUGGAGCGCAUGAUACCAGGAUACACUGGCUUCGUCCCAAAGAGCCAGCACUACUUUGCGCGGACGUAUGCCGAAACCUGUCGUGAGGCGCUGGCCGAGUUCAAGCAUGGCCAGCAGGGAAGAGUACAUCUGGACGCCGUUGGCCUACCACCUAUGGCCACCAAGCAGGGCCUUCUCGACGUCAAACCAUGGAAGCUGAACACCCCGCUCCAGGCCAUCUCCAAGGAGCCUGCCCCCUACGUUCCCUUGGACCCUUGGAAGCCUCGGGGCUCCCCUUACUCUAUGGACGACGGCAGCCCACACAAGUACUUCAUCUCAGGUUACACUGGCUACGUGCCCAAGUCGCGCUUCCUCAUUGGCAGCAGCUAUCCCAUCACCACCAACAAGGCACUGGUCGAGUUUGGGAGAGACAUGAGGACCAUGCCCUUCGCCCUGCAGGUCCCCAGUAAGGAGCCGCAGCUACUGCCGCCCACCCCCACCAUCUACCACUCCCACCUGCUGCCCUCCUACACCGGACACGUGCCAGGAUACAAAUUUAGGUAUGGUCAAACCUUUGGGCAGCUUACCCAUAAUUCCUUGGGCUGCACUGACAGUAAGAGGAAGGUAAUGACCCACUGACAGCCAGACCACUGUGGCCUGAACCAGAGAGACACUCAGCUGCUGUCUCAGUAGUGACAGCCAAUCUGUUGAUUAUUAAAUGAGUUUGAAUGACAA